CACCACCAUCACCACUUCUCAUCGUUUCCUACCUCGUCCUAGCCCCGUGUCGUGUGAAAUGUCGUGGCUCUGAGCUACCCUCCUCCUCCUCCUCCUCUUCAUCAUCAUCAUCCUCUUCCAUCAUCCUCGUGGUGGUUGUUGUUGUUGUUGUUGUUGGUGGUGGUGGUGGUGUUAAAGAGACAUGGGUCUCCUUGCUACUGCUGCCGUGCAACAACAACAGCUGAUGGUGCUGCUGCUGCUGAUGAUGCCGCUGUUGAAAGGUGGCGCACAAGCGGUUGAGUCGAAUCCGUGUGUGUUUGGAGGGGCCGAUUCAUGCCAGGAAUGUCUGCUGUUGCACCCGGAUUGUGGCUGGUGCCAACAUGAAGAGUUCAGGGGCAGCCCCGCGGGAGGCCUGUCACGCUGUGACCUGGUUCGCCGCCUCCUGCAGGCCGGCUGCCCCGCCGAGCAGAUCGAGGCUCCCAGAAGCGGGCGGUCGAUCACGAAGGAUAUGCCGCUGAGCGAGAAGUUGGACACUGCGGCAGCUGGCGGCGGCGGCGGCGGUUUAGCGGCUGUGGUGCAGCAGUCGCCGCAAGCCGUGACUCUGAAUUUGCGGCCCGGGGACCCCGUGAGCUUUGAAGUUCGGGUUCGCCAAGUGGAAGACUACCCGGUGGACAUCUACUACAUGAUGGACCUGUCUCUGUCCAUGCACGACGACCUGGCCACCAUGCAGCUGCUCGGCUCCCGCUUGGCGGCGGAGAUGGCGGGGCUCACCAGCAACCUGCGUCUGGGCUUCGGCUCGUUUGUUGACAAACCGGCCUCUCCCUACGCCUUCUCGGCGCCGGCGUACCUUCACAACCCUUGCGCCGGGUACAAGCGCUUCCCGAAGUGCGUGCCGUCGUUCGGAUUCCGCCACCUGCUCUCGCUCACCGACGAGGUGGACCGCUUCAACGAGGAGGUGAAGCGUCUCAACGUCUCCCGCAACAAGGACGCCCCGGAGGGUGGCUUCGAUGCCAUCAUGCAGGCCGCGGUGUGCGGGGAUCGCAUUGGCUGGCGCAAGGAGGCGUCUCACCUGCUGGUGUUCGCCACCGACGCUGCCUCGCACCUGGCGCUGGACGGCCGGCUCGGUGGGGUCCUGCGGCCCCACGACGGGCACUGCCACCUCGACAACAAUGACAGCUACUCGGCCGCCGACAUCCUGGAUUACCCCUCCCUGGGGUUCCUCGGUGAGAAGUUGGCCGAAAACAACAUCAACUUAAUUUUUGCCGUGACCACCCCAUAUUUUGGUCUGUACAAGAGCUACACGGAGCUUCUGCCGGGUGCCACAGUUGGGAUCCUCGCAAACGACUCCAGCAAUGUCAUCGAGCUCAUCGUAUCCGCGUACAACAAGAUCCGCUCGAAGGUCGAGCUGGAGGUGUACGAGCAGCCGGACGACGUGGUGCUCUCCUUCACGGCCGUGUGCCAGAACGGCACGGUGAGGCCCGGCCAGCGGCAGUGCGGAGGCCUCCGCGUGAGGGACACGGUGAGCUUCACCGUCACGGCGGAGGCGCGUGGAUGCCCCCGCGGCGCCGGGGACGACGGCGCUGGCACCAGCGGCGCCGCCGUGGGCCCCGGCGCGCGUUCCUACGAGCGCAACUUCACGAUCAAGCCCGUGGGCUUCCGCGACAGCCUGCACGUGACGGCGCUGGUGCGGUGCGGCUGCGCUUGCGAGGCGAGCGUCGUGCUCCGCAGCCCGCACUGCUCGGGGGGGUACGGCUCGCUCUCCUGCGGCCUGUGCCGCUGCAACCCCGGCAGGAUCGGGGAGCUGUGCGAGUGCCAGGAGGGAGAGCUGGGACCGUCCGGGAGUGCGCCGGGCUCGGCGUGCCGCAUGAGGGAGCGCAGUUUGCCGUGCAGCGGCCGUGGGGAGUGCGUGUGCGGCCAGUGCCUGUGCCACGCCAGCGAGUUUGGCCGUGUCUCUGGGGCCUUCUGCGAGUGCGACAACUUCUCGUGCCUCCGUCACAAGGGGCUGCUGUGUUCCGGCAACGGGCACUGCGAAUGCGGCGAGUGCCGCUGUGGCCCCGACUGGGUCGGCGAAAGCUGCAACUGCACGACGCGCACGGAGGCCUGCCUGGGCGCCGACGGGCGUCUCUGCAGCGGCCGGGGGCUGUGCUCGUGCGGCCGCUGCGUAUGCACCCAGCCCGGCGCGUUCGGCGACGUCUGCCAGAAGUGUCCCACGUGCCCCGACGCCUGCAGCAUCAAAAAGGAGUGCGUCGAGUGCCGGCUGUUCCAGCGGGGGCGCCUCUGGGAGGACGGCUCGUGUGCGCAGAUGUGCGUCGACGAGAUCCAGCAAGUGGAGACGAUAGAUGAGAGUCACAAGGACGCCGUGACCUGCAGCUACAAGACCCAGGACGAUUGCAUCAUGUCGUUCACUUACACAGAGGACUCGGACGAGAAGUCCGUUCUGGCUGCGCUCAAGGAGCCAGAGUGCGCCCACGGCGUGAGCGAGACCAACGCGGUGCUGUGCGUCGUGGCCGGCGUUCUGCUCGCCGGCGUCGCCGCUCUGCUCGCGUGGAAGCUCAUGGUGACGGUGCAGGACCGGCGCGCUUUCUCGCGCUUCCAGAACGACCGCAUGCACGCCAAGUGGGGCGCGGGCUCCAACCCGCUCUUCCCGAACUCCAACCACUCCGAGGUCUCCUUCCACGGGCUGCCGCUUCCGUCUGGGAAUUGAGGUUUUUUUUUUUGGAGAGGUCGGAGGCGACGCGCGGCGGAUCGGAACGCAGACCAACGCCGUGACACGCCCCUUGUAAGCGGGCCAUCUGCCAGGAGACGUUCGCUUGAGGCCGGGUUCAACGAGUUCCUCCUUGUUGGCAACGAGCCGUCGCCUCCAGACAGGCCGGACCGACGUGGACGCCAGCCGAGUGGUGACCGACUCGCGCCCAUCACUCGACUUUUCUCCAUCCCUGCCGAGGCCCCCCACCACCCCCCCCCCCCGCCCGUCGACCUGCCUCUUAAAUGGCAUCUGCCUCGUUAUCCGCCCCCUCCCCCACCCCCUGCCAUGCUUAUACAUCAUUUUUUUUUCACCGUACAACUGAGCUGCACCGGGUGGAUUGGGGGGGGGGGGUGGGGCAUGUCCGUCGACGGCUCGUUGUCUCCCACCCAAUGGGCGAGGGGUCGUGCUGUGUUUAAAGAGUCGUCACCGAACGACUGUCACACGCAAUGAAAUGCGUUGUAUGCCCCCACCACCCCUCUCUAACACUCUGGCCCUGCUUGGCCCCGAGCCAGAUUCAGAAGCCUUCUUCGCGAGGCCAAAGUAUCGCGGUGGCUCGACAUGGCAAACGGCCGGUGGGAAGUCCAACCCGUGCCGUUAAAUGCCCACCCCCCCACGCUGGCUUAUCUCGGAUGUGCCAGUGAAAAGUCGGUAUGUAUAUAUAUGUAACGAGUCAUCCCGAAAUCAGCGUAUGAAGUUGCGAUUUUAUUUAGGCAGGCUCACCUUGUCAUUUACAGGCAGUGACCGUCGUCACGGCAGAGGUCGCAAACGGGUUUUGAUUCCUUACCCUACCCGUACCCAGCCGGGUACGGGUAGGGUACGGGUAUCGGGUACAUGAUUGCGACCUCUGGGAUGAAGCCAUGUUGCAGGCGCGGGUGGGUUGAUUCUAGGAACUUGAAUUGUGAGAAGAGACAAGACGUUGGGAAAUGAGUGACAAACGGUGACUCACCAGUGACCCACGGUCUGCCCGUACCCGGCUGCACCAAUGUCGCAAACGGGUACCCGUACCCGGCUGGGUACGGGUACCCGGGUAUCGGGUAGGGUACGGGUAUUGGGUACCCGGUUGCGACAUCUGUGUCACGGUGACCAUCGUCACGGUGACCGCCGUCACGGUGACCGUCAUCACGGUGAUCGUGACUAUUGCCGAAAUGAUUGUGAUGAUUAUUGAACUAAAACUAAACAAUUUUUAUUUCAUCAGGUAAGGCCCAUUGAGCAGCUAAAAAGCUAUUUUUCAGAAGCGACCUGGCCAUCAAAAAUGCUGGCUCAACAAGAAGUGGCUUAUCAUCUUGUGGAAAUUUAUAGCAGCCAAAUUCUCUAAAACGCGCAAUGUUUGUGGUAAAUGUGGAGGGAAACACACCGGAGGGCCUGGAGGAAAAACAUCGAUGCGACCACAUUGUUACGGUGAAGAUGCGCAGAGUGACAACAAUCCUGUGCCGAUCGGAGAGGAAACGUGUUCGCGAAAUGCAGCCCGGCCAAUAAUCAACACAGUGACGGCGGGAUCACUGCAAUGAAAAUUGUCUACAGUUUCUUGAGAUGGAGUUUCAGAGUAUCCUUUCAUGUGUAACCAUGUAAUCAUCCUUUUUAAGUUAUUGAUGAAUUGUAAUAUAAACGCGUGGUCAUGUAUAGCAAUAACACGUCUGUGUUAAAUUCGCUUUAAGUGGGGAAGUGAAGCACCCCACUUGACAUUCCCUGCGUGCGUCCGCGCGUGCGUUUACCUGUAGAAACGUGCGCCAAUUCUUUAUACGUUCACACGCUCCGUUGCCGUAGUGGAACACAAACUGUUUAAAUCCAUAAAAGCCUUCCCACGGCGAAUAUGGAUUAAAUGUCGCACGACUGCCGGUUACAACAAAUGCCCGGUGCUUCGUGAACACUUUUGGUAAGAAUUGGAUUCGGUUGAUUCUAAAAUAAUUCCAAUUCACAUUGAAAUUUUUUUGUACCCCUUUAAAAUGUUGCGGUUGCCCGUCCAGCAGCAUGUGUGGCCCGCUAACGAAGUGGGCCCUCAUAUCCGUAGCGGCGAAAACAAAGUGUGUAGACUACGGUAAUGGAAAUGUUUUUAGCGUGUGGUUGAUACAUGUAAAUACCAGCGUAAAAAGCCAGCAGGUUAUUAUUGAUUUGCUUUCUGUCCGUGUACAGUGCGAAAUAAGUUCAACAUACAUACAUGCGUACGUUCGCGGAGAAGUCGGGUAUUCCAUUCCAUGGUCCCGUAUGAUUGAAUUCUCCGCUGGCCACACGCAGGCAAACUUACUAUGCUUGAGAUUCCGUAUUAUUGCUUGCUGCUCAAGAGAGACCCCUUAACACAACACCAGGGUCUCGAAGCUCACUUGAUUGGAUUGACUUUGUGUGCGUAAUGAAUAACCAAAUGUCUCUGCUUUUAACACUUGAUAUAUUUUAUUAUGCUACAUUUUUAUGGUGACCCUGGGACACACACGGAGCAAUGACGCCAGAAAAAAACAUUGGAAAUAUUCCCAGAACAUUUCGUCUUUUUUUUUUUUAACACGUAGAAAUAAUUCACAAAACGUUGUCAUUAACACAGCCUUAAAUAUAAAUUUAUGGAAAAGCCGGGUGACGCCGUGCCAGAAACGUGAUGAAGUGCGCCUUCUGGGUGCCACAAGUUCUGGCCUGUAACCCCUUGAGGACGGCAGUGAAGUGUUUAUAGCCUGCUGGCGAAAAACUCGUCAGGGUAAGCGAUUUGGAGGGUGGCAUUUUCAGCUUCUGUAGCGCCCAAAAGUGAGUUUAUGCUUCAUCAUGAGAUAAGUUAAACUUGUUUGUCCAGGUGAGAACUUAAGAGAGACCAGGAGAGUCUCUGUUGCAAGUGUGACCUGCCAGGCGGGGGGGGGGGGGAUGAUUGUUGUGCAGAAUACAAUUUUGGGUGAUCCGCGGCAUAACCUUAGAAUUUUGGCAACGUUGGGACCCCGACGCCGGCACACGAUGGCCCGCUCUUGCGAAUGACGCCAAGGGGAUCUUUAGGGUCCACUGUGAGUGAAACAGACGGCGCGCAGCAGCAGCAGCAGUAGUAUAAUUAUCACUCGGGUUAUUACCACAGUAUUAAUCGUGGCGGCCACUGGAUUUGAACCGUGAUCAUCAGCAAGUCGGCGAUAGCGCGACCGCCGCUGGCUCGGCCUUGUCAAUGCUUUUGUAGUGACACCGACAGACAUGGUGACUUAACAAGAGCCUUUUAUUCAGACUCAGCACCAACGAUGCCCAGGCUUGGUUCUUGAGGCUUGAGCGCCAUCUUCUCCAACGUCUCCUCUCCCGUUUUGCUUGUCCCCUUUCAUACCUCCCAAGCGACCUCUCUGGAAGCUUCUAUGACCCCACUCCCUUCGGCCAAUCCUGGCCCUUCCCCACCCAAUGGUUCUAGACCAUCCUAUAGUCCACCGCUCGUUUUCUCGCCUCUCUACCUUUCACAUCUUUCCUCCAAUUCCUUUCGAUCUUCGUCUCCCGACCAAUCACUGCCGAUGUCUCCCUGCACCAAUGGGAGACCUUGACCCACCGAAGGGGCCAUCCAUUGAGUAGGUAAAAAAAAAUCUGUCAAAACUUGACCCAUCCCCCCCCCCUCUCUGUACGCACGCGGACUUUUUACACCCCCCCCCCCCCUGAAUCCUAUAGAACGGCCGAUAUUUUAUGCACGCAGAAACGAUCAAGGAUUAAUAAUAUUAACGUGUUUAAGUGCACAGAUAGUCCACCGCCGGAGUAUCUAACUAUGCGUACGCACAUUGUCAGUAUACCCCCCAUACGCAAGCGUACGCAUUUGGGUUAAUCCCCCUCCAUGCGUAUGUACUAAAUGGAUGGGCCCUAAUUGUCUGUGUGACCUUACACUUGUGUCAGGUCAGCGCUCUCUUUUCCCGUUCGUUACACUUUGAGCGGUCGUGGCCGUCUUUUGUUGUUGUCAGGGGAGAGAGAUUCACUGACUCCCCCCCACCUCACCCCAGGGACCAGGCUGUCCCGUUACGUUGGCCGCCUUCUACAUUUUCUCCGUUGGGCCCCCCCAGCAUUGCGGGGGAGCGUGGCGCGGUGUUGACGCACUUCGCCGCCACGUGAGCACGUGGCCCCGAGUUGGAUCCCUCAAACCCCCGGCCACGUGUUACCUUCGUUGGCAAGUGAUAUCUCUGAGCCGGGACCUGGGCCCAACCACCCCAGAAACUCGCCAACCUGCGCUGGCCAGCAUCGGGCAGGGUGAUGUGGUCAGCCAACUAACAAAGACUUGAGGCACGGCACGGGGAGGCCGCCUUCCAGCGGCGGAUUGACAAAAGAAGAAUGCAAAUAAAAUUUGCCGUUAUGAAGUCGGUGCGAGUGACAAAACGUGGGCACAUUCAUUCUGUUCUUGGCUCGCCAUCGAACAAAGACAGUCACUGCAUCGCCGUGGCUGUCUGGAAUGCUCUUCCGAUAUUAGGGAGCCACUGGGAGCUAUAUGCACCUUUAAGUUUAGAUUGAAGACUCAUUUUUUUCUAACUGCUUUUUGUGUUUAGUGUGUUGUCCUUCCCCCCCCCCCCCCCCCCCGCAACCUCCGAUUAGCACCGUAGGCUACGUACGGCGUGAAAGAAGUUCAACAUCAUUCAAUGUGGGCUUUUGCACACCCGGUUGCCAAAACGCGAUCCCUCAAUUUCACGUCCCAUUAAGGGGAGGACUAGAUUGUGACGCCGUGCAACGUGCCAGCCCCCUCAAGUGCGGCGCCCUUGUUCCGGAAACGCCCUUGAGAGGAUUGGGUCUCCGCUUCUCGCGGUCGAACAAUCACGGUGGCCAUGACGACAUCCGCGAGACGCACGGGUCCUGACAUGACCCCCCCACCACCAACCCCCCGAGAGUUAAGAGUUGACGGCUUCGUUUUUACAGCAGCCGCCUCUGGCCCCGUUCGCCGCAACGGCGAAGCAAUGACGGCCGCUGCGCCAUGUCCCCUCAAACGCGCGCGCCCAGACGGGAGGUCAAUCGGCUUUGCGUAUUGACCCGAGGGCCUAUAAAGCUAAGUGCAGGGCCUGCAGCUUAUGAUGUUAUAAAGGGGCACUAAAUAAAAAAAAAACUGUAAAUAUUAAAAGGCAAAUGUUUGCCUUGCAUAGUCAAGUAAUUGUAUUUUUUUCAUUUGCUAUACAGCCAGAUAAUACGACAGGUCGCUAAACACCCAGUCGUUCAUAAAAGUCGAAGGCGGUAUCAUCAUGGCUUGGCUUCGCGAACGAAGAUCUAGGAAGGACAUCCACGUCUUCUGCAGGUACGCUGGUGGCUGACAAGGCCUAUGUGGGACAGGCAGGUUCUGCCACAACAGCUGCAAGUAUAGGUCUGAUCUGGGAUGGGUGCUGAGGGGUCACGGUUCUUCCUCCUUUUGUUUUCCAUACGGGCCCUGCGGGUAUCUUCGAAGAAGGAGGUAGUCUGGUGGACUGUGUGCCGCCAGGAGUUGCGAUCAGCUGCUUGUGUUGCCCACUGACGGUGAUCGAUGCAGCAAGCAGUGAGGGACUUCUUCAGGGAGUCUUUGUAUCGCUUUCGUGGUGCCCCUAUGUCGCGAUAGCCAGAGGACAUUUCCCCAUAGAGCACAAUCUUCGGUAGGCGGUGGUUCUCCAUCUUGCCCAGCGAAGCUGUAUCUUGAGGACCAUGGCCUCGAUGCUGGUGACCUCCGCUGACUCGAGGACUUCAGUAUUGGCGACGAAGUCACUCCAGUGAAUAUUGAGGAUUGUGCGGAGGCAGCGCUGAUGGAAAUGCUUGAGGAGACUCAGGUGACGACGGUACGUGACCCAGGACUCAGUGCCAUACAGGAGAGUGGUCAGCACAACAGCUUUGUAGACAUUGACCUUCGUGUCUCUUUAGGUUGCUGGUGUUCCAGACGCGUUUGUAUAGUCUGCUGAAUGCACUGUUUGCCUUGGACAGCCUGUUGUCGACUUCGUUGUCGAUCUUGGCGUCAGACGAGAUCACGCAGCCCAAGUAGCUGAACUGGUGGACAGCUUUCAGUUCUGUUUGUUCAAUGAAGAUGCUUGGUGGAUGGUGCUCCUCAUGGGGUGCGGGCUGAUGAAAAACUUCAGUCUUCUUCAGGCUGACUUCAAGACCGAAGAUCUGAGCAGUUUUCGCGAAACAGCACGUAAUUCGCUGCAUAGCUGCCUCUGUGAGCAAGGAGGGCGGCAUCGUCAGCAAACAGCAGCUCCCUGAUCAGUUGCUCCAUGGUCUUUGUGUGGGCCUGCAAACGCCUUAGGUUGAACACGCUUCCGUCGAGACGAAAACGGAUGUAUACGCCAUCAGCGUCGUCGAGGUCCUCUGUGGCCUGCUGGAGCAUCAUGCUGAAUAAAAUGGUGAACAGCCCUGUUUCACACCGUUUUCAAUAGGGAAGGGCUGCGAGAGGUCGUUGCUAUGUCUGACUUGUCCAAGCUGGUCUCUCUGAAGCUGCACGAUCAUGGUGAGGAACUUCGGUGGGCAGCCUAGUUUUUCCAGGAUUUUCCAAAGUCCCUGCCUGCUCACGGUGUCAAAUGCUUUUGUCAGGUCCACAAAGGUGACGUACAGCGCUUUGUUUUGCUCCCGGCACUUCUCCUGAAUCUGCCUCAGGACAAACACCAUGUCUGUGGUUCCCCGGUUGGCUCUGAAGCAACACUGUGUCUCUGGGAGGUGAUCUUCAGCUAUUGCGGGUACCAGUCUAUGCAGCAGUACUCUUGCUUCUAUUUUGCCAGCAACGGACAGAAGUGUUAUGCCACGAUAAUUGGAACAGUCUGAUUUCUCCUCUUUGUUCUUGUACAGGGUGAUGAUUACUGCAUUUUUGAGGUCUUGAGGGAGUUUGCCCUGCUCCCUGCAGCAGACGAAGAAUUCAUGAAGUUUGGUGUGCAGUGCUGGGCCUCCGUUCUUCCAUACUCCAGGAGGGAUGCCAUCAACUCCUGCAGCUUUACCACUCUUCAGCUGUUUAAUGGCUUCCUCAGUCUCUUGGAACGUUGGUGCCACAUCCAGUUAAGUUUUCACUGGUUGUUGUGGGAUGCGGUCAAUCGUUGGAUCUUGGACUGAGCGGCUAGCAUUGAAGAGCAUGUAGAAGUGCUCAGACCAGCGGUUCAGGAUUGAGUCCUUUUCGGUGAGCACUUCUUUCCCAUCUGCACUCCGCAGGGGGCUCAGGAUUUGAUAUGAGGGGCCAUAUACCGCUUUUAGAGCUUCGUAGAAUCCCCCGUAGUCGUCAGUAUCAGCGCAAACCUGAGUUCUUACUGCGAGGUUGGUCCACCACUCGUUUUGAAUCUCUCGAAGCUUGCGCUGGAGGGUGCUGCAUUCCAGGCGGAAGGCUGCUUUUUAGUGUGGGCAGGAUAGGUGGGCCUGGUGUGCUGAUCUCUUCUUUGACAGCAGCUCCUGGACUUCUAAGUUCUCAUCGAACCAAUCUCUGUUUUUCUUCGUGGAGAAUCCGAGGGUAUCUUCAGAUGUUUGCAGAACAACAGUUUUGAUGCGGUCCCACAGCACUUCAGGAACCGGAGGCACGUCUGCUAGGCAGCUUGGUUCCUCUAUCUUAGAUCGUAGGCUUUUCUGGAAAACUGCUUUGACCGCGGCAGACUGAAGGCUGCAGACUUUGAGCUUCUUCCUCGGGGCGCCACCUUUCCUUGGUCUGGGCUUAAAGUGGAAGCUGAGUUUGCAGAGGACAAGGCAGUGGUCUGUGUGACACUCGGCGCUGGGCAUUACCCUGGUGUGAAAGACAUCUUUUAGGUCACGCUGGCGCACUAGGAUGUAGUCUAUGAGAUGCCAAUGUUUUGACCGAGGGUGCAUCCAGGUUGUCUUCAGACUGUCUUUCUGCUGGAAGAUGGUGUUGGUAAUGGAAAGCUGCUGUUCCGCGCAGAGUUCAAGUAACAAGCGCCCAUUGUCGUUGCAGCUGCCCACACCGUGCCUUCCAAGUACGCCAUUCCAGGUUUCCGAGUCUCUGCCCACUCUGGAGUUGAAGUCAAGGAUGACAAUUUUGUCGUCAGCUGGGAUAUCCUGCAGAAGGUUGCGUAGGUCGGAGUAAAACUUGUCUUUGUCUGCAGGAUCUGCCUGGAGAGUUGGAGCGUACACACUGAGCAGUGUUGCGUGUUGCUGGUCACGAAGUGGUAGACGCAUUGAGAUGAUGCGGUCAGAGUCGCCAGUUGGCAGGCUUGCAAGCUUGGUAGCGAUAGAGUCCCUGAUCAUGAAGACGACACCUGAACGGCGUCUCCCUGACGCUGGUUUGCCUGCUCCUUUAGACUGCCUUCCUCUGAAAAGCGGAUUUCGCUGAGGGCGGCGAUGUCAACAUCCAACAGAGCGAGUUCGUGUGCAAUUAAAGCAGAUCGUCGCUCAGGUCGAGUGCUGUCAGCUGAGUCUAGCAUGGUUCUGAUGUUCCAGCAUGCGAGUUUGAGUUCUUUCCCACCUUCUAAGUCGAAUGGGAUGUGCCGUUGAUUCUUUGAUAUAGUUCGACCGCAUAUGAAGAUGCCCGUUGACCGUGGAAAGCAAACUGAGGGAGGAGGAGACGAGCUUUGUUUAGGCCACCUUUUCUAGGCCCCUCUCCGUGUGGAGCAAGCAGUGCUGUCCCUAGAAAAGGCUGCUUGGUCGCUCAGGGUGCUACCGUGUGAUGAUGUUGUCUCCAGGUCAUCAUCUAUAGCCUUAGACUGUCGGGGCAAGCGCUGUUAGCGAGUAGCACCUAUGAAGGCUGGCACGGCACACAAGGGGGUGGGUGGCCAGCGCCACGCCAUGAACCGCCUUUGUCUCCCUCGUGGCAGUGUUUAAGCAUUGUACCAGGUACUCAUUUGAGGCCGAGUCGACCUAGGGGAAGGCUCAGGACCGGAUCAGACAGUCGUCACUGGUGUUGGUGGCCAUGAGCGGGAAUCAAACUCGGGUCGCUGGGUUCAUAGCGCUCUCUCUUGUUCGUCCAUCAUAGUUGAUGAUGACCAUGACACAUUUGUCAUUUUGUUGGGUUUUGAUGAGUGCGCAGAUGGCUGAACAGGCCAAUCCGAGCCCGGAAUUCUUCGUGGCACACUGGACAGGUCAGAGAGGAUGUAGAGCUCUGAGGUGCAAUCACAAGUCCUUCCCUGGUAGAUUUGCGCUGCUGCCUCUUCAAGAUAGCACAGGAGCUUCUCCUACUCUCACAGAGGACUGCACCGUCCUGUACUUUUCUUCUCCAGGCAGGUCGGUCGUGUGCUCGGGGUUCCCAGCUUUUCAGGUCGAAUCCACAGCUCUUCAAGGAAGCUUUUAGGGUGUCCUUGUAGCGCUUUUUGGGGCCAUCUUGUGCUCGCUUGCCAUUCUUCAGCUCGCCAAAGAAGACUAGUUUUGGAAGUCUCGCGCAGAGCAUUCUGGUCACGUGGCCAGUCCAUCUAAGCUGUUCCUUCGCAAGCAAGGCAUAGAUGCUGGGGAUAUUGGCCUUGCUGAGGACUUCCGUGUCAGGAAUUCUGUCUUGCCCAUUGUUCCUCAGCAGUUUCCUCAGACAGCUCAAGUGGAGAUGAUUACAUUUCUUGGCAUGGCGCUGGUAAACUGUCCAGGCUUGGCACCCAUACAGAAGAGUUGGUAAGACAACAGCCCGGUAGACCUUCAGUUUUGUCUCCUGCUUGAUGCCAGUCCUUUCUCAUACCGAGUCACGUAGACGUCCAAAGGCUGCACUGGCCUUGACAAUCCUGAUGUUAACCUCAUCAUCUAUGUGCACAGCGCGAGACAGAGUACUACCGAGGUAAGUAAACUUGUCAACAGCUGAAAGCUUUUGCCCAUUCACAAAGAUGGGCUCAGUGUAAGGUUUCCCAGGAGCAUGUUGGUAUAGGACUUCAGUCUUAUUUGUGCUUAUUGUUAGGCCGAAAUGGUCCAUAUUGUCCUGUAGAUCUUUAUUUGAGCCAGCAGCCAGAGCACAGUCAUCAGCAAACAAAAGUUCUCGAACAGUGACUUCCUCCACUCUAGUUUUGGCUUGCAUCCUCGCAGGUUGAAUAGCCCACCGUCAAAACGGUAGAUGAAGCUAAUUCCAGUGUUGUGAUUCUGGAAUGAGUCUUGCAGCAUGGCAGAAAAUACCAUGCUGAAGAGCGUUGGCGCUAAAACGCAGCCUUGCUUCACCCCGUUUGUGAUUGGGAACGGAUCAGAGAGUUCUUGCUGGUCUCUGACGCUGGCCAUCAUACCAUCAUGGAGAUUGCGCACGAUGCCAAUGAACUUGUCUGGACACCCAUACUUGCCAAUGAUUUUCCAUAGGCCCUCCCGGCUGACUGUCUCGAAUGCUUUUGUCAAAUCAACGAAAGCCAUAUAUAUGUAACGGCGUAAGUAGCGUAGGAGACGUUUGACGGAGACAACACGUAUUUAUUAACAAAUGGGUACUAUACAGUACGUAGCACACCCUAACACUGGAAGGGGUAACGGCCCCUUCACCCGGUUCUAUCCAAGGCAGUGUCCCUCGGCUAACGUUUCCCCAUUAGCUCCUACACUCCUCUAACCCAGACCAUCCUAUAGAGGCUAACUCACCUGGCCCAGCUUCGGCUCAGGUCCGACCCUCAACCACAGGAGCCUGGCCCUCACAAGGACACAGACCUCGCUGCUCUGAGGUCGCCCCUGGCUUGCCCUGCUCGGCUCUUAUAAGAGCAGCGAGACAGGGUAGUCCCAGGGCUAGCUAGCUGGUCUUCAGUCUUCACUGGCUCUUCUGCUCCAACGACUGCCUCGAGCUCUCUCGCGCACCGCGUUAUAUACCCAACUGGCCCCGAGGGGCAGGGCUGUAUGCGGACGUUGAUGUAGACACCCCACGCACGGACCGUGAUGUAGACACCGCAACGUAAUGGCUUGCUACACCCUGGUACGUACCACCUCUACAUAUAGAUCAACAUUUUGUUCUUGGCAUUUCUCCUGUAACUGCCGGGCAGUAAAUACCAUCUUUUCUGAAACCACACUGACUCUCAGGUAGCAGACCCUGGUCUAGGUAGGCGGUUCAGAAGGAUUCUUGCCAAGAUUUUGCCAGCGAUUGAUAGUAUAGAGAUGCCUCUAUGGUUGUCGCAGGCCUGCCGAUUGCCUUUCCUCUUAUAGAGAUGGAUUAUAGAGGCAUCCUUGAACUCCUGGGGAACGGCUUCUAAUUUCCACAGAGACUGGAAGGGGUCGGUCAGUUUCUCGACUAAGCGAGGCCCUCCGGCCUUGUAGAUUUCUGCUGGAAUGGCAUCGGACCCUGGAGCUUUGCCUGAUGAGAGGAGGCUUAUGGCUUUGCUGGUUUCCUCAAUGGAUGGUAGAACAGCAAGGGACUGGGUUAUUUCCGCUCCUAUACAAGCGCUCCCCUCCAUUACACUUUGGAAAGACACGGACUCUAACAGCACUUGCCCCUACAGUCUGUCAAGGCUAUCCGGGGAGGUCUUUGUCUAUCUCUAUGAGUGUGUGUGUGUGCGUACACCUGUGGAUAUAAUUUGUCCACGGACGUGGAUCGAGUCUCGCGACGCAUCUUUACUCGCCGUGCUUUAUUAAUGAGGAGGGCCUCUUCCCGUUUGGUUUCCUCUGUGCAUUUUGAUUCCAAAAGCUGUGGACGAAGGCACGCCUGCCCCUCGUGAAAACACUGAGCGAGUCGCGCUUGACGGAGCUCCCUCAGAAUGCGCCAGACCAACUCGGAGCGCUUUGCAUCUCUCGUCUCAGAACAUUUGAAAGGGGUGCAACGCCCACCCCCCCCCACCACCCAGUGGUAGCUGUCCCUGUGCAGGCACAAGGUGACAGAGCACCCGGCCUGCAAACGGGGUGACCAGUCCCCUUGUCUUCCAGAGGCGAGCGAUCCCGGUCCACCGUUACACCCAGUAGGUUGUACGUCUAAGGGUUUGCCCACCCCUCCCCCUUACUCCUCUUGUUGACCCAUCCCCUAUUUGUCUUCAUCGAUGUCGCAUUCGGAGAGGGUCCUUCGACAGCCCCUUGCGUGGUGAACCCCUUUCGCGUCGGCCCGGUGUGCACUCUCCGUGAAGUCGCGAAGGGCGUCUGACGUUCGGCAGGUGCGACUGGCCUGUUAUACAUAUGUAAUAAAGGACUUCGCCACGCUC